GCCUUGGGCGUCGGGGCAGGCCCAGAUUCCAGAAUCGAAAUUCAUUGGCCCUUUUCUCGACUCUCCUUGCAGAUGUAACCACUCGGCAAGAAGCUAGUCUGGCGCGAGUUGUCAAUGACCACCACCUCAACCGCACUGGUCCUCCAACCCGUCCUUGCAGUAUCGGACUUCUUGCGACAUUCACUUCUUUCUCCCAGCCUGGUAUUUCCUCGGCUAAAGAAGGUGGAACUUACCUCAGUGAGCGCCCGAGAGGACACCAAGGAUACUCCCGGGUGGCAUCUGCGCCUUCAAUCCAACACCUGCAGCUGCCCGCUUCCGGCUCUUGGGUUACAGUUGUGUGAUUUACCUAAGCCUGCGGUGAGACGUACUGGGCAGUCAUAGUUUCUCAGCUACUGCUCGGUACUUGAGCUCGCCACCCUAGCUCAAGUGCUCAACCGAGGCUCUGGAUCAUUGAAUAACAAGCCUUGUGCUGGAAUACCAUGCAGUGAA